AUGUCUGAAGAGCUCACGAUACCUCAGGUAGUGGAUGACUUAACCGAUAAACAAGAUUUAAGGCGAACGUUUAAGGACAUUGCUGCUGGAAUAUCAGGGGGCGUUGCUCAAGUUCUCGUCGGCCAACCGUUUGAUAUCACUAAAGUGCGGUUGCAGACCUCCACAACGCAGACCUCCGCGCUUAAGGUAGUCAAAUCUUUGGUGAAAAAUGAAGGGCUUAAAGGGUUUUACAAGGGCACAACCACGCCUCUCAUAGGAGUGGGAGCUUGUGUUUCCUGCCAGUUCGGCGUAAACGAAGCCAUGAAGAGAUAUUUUCAUAGAAAGAACAACUACUCCAGCCCUACACUGCAACUGAAAGAAUACUACGCUUGCGGAGUUGUCAGUGGGUGCGCCAAUGGCUUUUUGACUGCACCCAUAGAACAUGUCCGAAUACGCUUACAGCUCCAGACCAGCUCUUUGGCAACUGCCGAGUACACCGGAGCUGUGGACUGCAUCAAAAAACUUGUUGCUUCGGGGAAAAUUAUGCGUGGACUUACUCCAACUCUUAUGAGAACUUCUCAUGGGUUUGGUGUCUACUUUUCCACUUACGAGGCUCUUUUGGCGUCAGAGGCCAAGAAGGGCAUCAAAAGAAUUGACAUACCUCCCUGGAAACUAUGUUUGUACGGUGCCCUGUCGGGAGUAAAUCUUUGGCUCAUGGUUUACCCCUUCGAUGUUAUCAAAUCGGUCAUGCAAUCUGAUAAUCUUCAGAAGCCUGUGAAUGGGAAAAACGUCGUUCAGGUGGCCCGUUACAUAUACUCCACAAGAGGCAUAAAAGGGUUCUUUAAGGGCUUUGCACCAACUAUGCUGAGAUCACUACCGGUGAAUGGUGCCACGUUCACUGUUUUCGAGCUUACGAUGAGGUUGAUGGGCUGA